AUGUUUGAAGAUCCCAAAAUGAAAGUCGGCGAAGACUUAGAUCAAACCCCUUCGAUGGUUGGCGAGAUCUGCAAUCAUCCGGCCGUUGCCCAUGAUGAUGUCUUUGGCGAGAUCUCAGAGGGCGGUCCCAACUACCGUGAUGUAGGAUGGCUCGGAACUGUGGCCUUGAUGAUGAAGAGCCAAAUCGGCCUCGGAGUCUUGUCAAUCCCAUCUGCCUUUAAUACAUUGGGGCUAAUCCCCGGUCUCGUCUGUCUGCUUACCAUCGCCACCAUUACGACCUGGUCCGACUACAUCGUCGGUGUCUUCAAGCUGAACCAUCGUGAGGUCUACUCGAUUGCUGAUGUGGGAGGUAUCAUGUUUGGCGGUCUUGGCCGUGGGCUCUUUGGAGCCGCAUUUUGUCUCUACUGGAUAUUCGUUGCUGGCUCUGGAAUGCUUAGUAUCUCGAUUGGACUCAAUGCCGUCUCAACACACGCUACAUGCACCGCAGUCUUCGUCGCAGUCGCCGCUAUCAUUGGAUUUGGAUUCGGGAGUAUUCGAACACUUGGGAAGUUCACCAUUCUCGCGUGGGUUGGGCUGAUUUGUAUCCUUACUGCUAUUCUCGCCGUGACCAUCGCUGUCGGCAUCCAGGAUCGACCAGCAUCAGCACCACAAGAGGGAAUUUGGUCUUCUGAUUACAAGAUCACCAGCAACCCGUCCUUCACCGAAGCCAUCACCGCCGUAUCCUCGCUCAUUUUCGCCUACGCGGGAACACCAUCAUUCUUCUCGAUCGUCUCUGAGAUGAGGGAUCCACGAUACUACACUCGCUCGUUGCUAAUCUGUCAGUCUGGCGUGACAGCAAUAUACAUCACUAUUGGAACGGUCGUAUAUUACUUUUGUGGAUCGUACGUCGCUUCACCGGCUCUGGGAUCAGCCGGGGUGGUUAUGAAAAAGGUUGCGUAUGGGUUUGCCUUGCCCGGCCUGAUUGUCACAACCAUGCUCGUUAUCCACCUCCCCGCGAAAUACAUCUUCAUCCGCCUCCUCCGUGGCUCACCGCACCUAACCUCCAACUCCCCAAUCCACUGGGCAACAUGGCUCUCCUGCACCUUCGGAAUAACCGUAAUUGCCUAUAUAAUCGCCAGCGCUAUUCCCGUGUUCGACGGCCUUGUUUCCCUCGUCGGCGCCCUCCUCGGAACCCUCAUGUCCUUCCAACCAAUGGCCUGCAUGUGGCUGUACGAUAACUGGAGCAGCGGAAAAGUGGACAAGAGGCCGCGCUGGAUGUUCAUGGUCUCCUGGUGUGCGUUUGUGAUUGUCAUUGGUACCUUCUGUAUGGUUGCGGGGACGUAUGGGUCUGUUGUUGGGAUUGUGGAUAGUUACCGGGCUGAGGGGGGGUCGGGGGCUUGGUCUUGUCGGGAUAAUUCGAAUUCGGUAUGA